AGGAAGAAUCGCAGCGGCUGCGCUCCGUCUCUACAGUCCGGGUGUGUAGUGAGUGUGAGCCGCUUCCGUCCUCUCUUGCCUGCUGGUGUGUGUGUGUGUCCCUCCAUGCCUGCUGUGUAAACCUGCUUCUGGCCGCUGUACCCUACUGGACCCCCUCCCCUCUCCCCCGCGCCGUGUAAUGAGUUUUAUCAACAACUUAAGGCGAAGCGUGAAGAAGGAUGACAGUAAAAAGGAAGCCAUGCAGGCACAAGACAUCCCUGUCAGUCUGGACUCCCCAAGUCGGCUGUCAGUCGUAAACAGUCCACACCUGGAUCCCGUCAUCACUGACUUCAAGUUACAGCUACCUGACGACAAAGAUGCUCCUGAGUCAACAAAUCUGUCCAAUGGAUGCUCUCGGUCUGACCUGUCUCUGGCUCUGGAGGACUGUAUGGCCGCUCUGGAUCUGUUCCUCAAGAAUGACUUUGAAGAGGCGCAGGUCCGCCUCAAAUCCAGAACAAAAGACAGCAUGUACCACGCUCUGACCUAUGCCACCAUCCUAGAAAUGCAAGCCAUGAUGACCUUUGACCCCCAGCACAUUCUGGCUGCAGGCAGCACCAUGAAGGAGGCGCAGGCUAUCUGUCAGCGGCACAGGAAGAAGUCAAGCUUUUCUAAAACUUUCACAGAAGAGGAGCUCCAUGCUGAAGUUUGCUAUGCUGAGUGUCUCCUGCAGAGGGCAGCGCUCACCUUUCUUCAGGAUGAAAAUAUGAUUAGUUUCAUCAAAGGAGGAAUUAAAGUGAGGAACAGCUACCAGACUUACAAAGAGCUUCAUGCUGUCCUCCAGUCCGCUGGAUACACUCAUGGUGACAAUCAUGGUCAUUUUGAAGGUGGUGUUAAACUGGGAGUUGGAGCUUUCAAUCUAAUGAUUUCCAUGUUGCCCACACGGACACUCAAGCUGCUGGAGUUUGUAGGUUUCUCUGGUAAUAAGGAGUUUGGUCUCCAGCAGCUUCAGGAGGGCUCUGCAGAAAGCACAUUCAGAUCCUUCCUGUGUAAUAUGUUGCUCCUCUGUUAUCACACGUUCAUGAGCUUCAUCUUAGGCACUGGAGAAGGAGAUGUUGAGGAUGCAGAGAAACUUCUUCAGCCUUACCUUAAAAAAUAUCCCAAGGGAUCCAUCUUUUUGUUCUUUGCUGGUCGAAUAGCCGAGAUCAAAGGCAACCUGGAUGCUGCCAUCAAACGUUUUGAGGAGUGCUGCGAAGCUCAACAGCAGUGGAAGCAGUUCCACCACAUGUGCUACUGGGAGCUGAUGUGGUGCUUCACAUACAAGAGACACUGGAAGAUGGCCUACUUCUAUGCUGAUCUGCUCAGCAAGGAAAACUCGUGGUCUAAGGCAACUUAUGCGUACAUGAAAGCAGCCUACCUCAGCAUGCUGACUGAGGAUGAUUGUCUAACCUUUGGGGAGACUGCACUAACUCUGUUCAGGCAGGUCCCUGGGCUGAAACAGAAAAUAGCAGGGAAAUCUUUACCAACGGAGAAAUUUGCUAUCAGAAAAGCCCGCCGCUACUUUGCAGAAAAACCUGUUCCUCUUCCAGCUCCUCCCCUGGAGAUGAUGUACAUCUGGAAUGGCUAUACAGUCAUUGGCAAACACAAAGAUCUAACGGAGGGCAUGCUGAAAACCCUGGAUGAGGCACAGGCUAAACUUGAAAGCAUACCAAGGACAGAGUUCUCCAUAGAUGAUCAGUGUUUGCUGAGCCUGUUGAAGGGGCUCUGUCUCAAACACCUUGGACAUCAAGAGGAGGCUGAACACUACUUUACCCUUGUCCUCUGCAAUGAGACUCAAAUCAAAUAUGACCACUAUCUAGUUCCUAAUGCCCUGCUGGAGCAUGGUCUGCUGUGUCUGGAGCAAGGCAGAAGAGAUGAAGCUGUUAAACUCCUGGAAGCAGCAAAGAACAAUUAUAAAAACUAUUCCAUGGAAUCACGGACGCACUUCCGUAUACAGGCUGCUUUGCACAAGGCUAAGGGAACUGGAGAUAACGGCAUCCAUGCGCCCUCUAGCCCCUAACAGAAAGAGGAGAGCACAGGAGGGCGGAGACAGCUCUCAUUUUCUCCAGUCCCACAAUGCAAUGCAACACUCCGCCAGGCCAGCCCUGCCUGUUAGGGCAGGCGAUUUGUUUAUUUCAUUGAAAGUUUAGGGGAAGAGGGAGGCUAGUUUUUCUCCCAUGUGCCACCCUCACAGAGAGUUGCAGCUCUUUGCAGCCUUUACCAGACUUUAAUGGAUUUGCUAUGCCUUGAUCCAGAGAAAUAUUACAGUUAACUUCAUUGUGUAAUUUGAAAUAGAAAUCAGUUGAAAAACAUGUUCUCCAUAUGUAUGAAACAUUACCUACAGCAGGCUUCAAUGACUUUUGCCACGGUCACCCAUAACAGGCGCACUACAGUAGAAAACAAGCUCGGUUUUGUGUGAUAUGUGCUGUAGAUUGUUCCCCCUGCUAACCACAAUAUAUGGACAGGCUGGACCUGAUUAAAUCUGAGUACCCAAUAGACUUCAUAUAAAUGAGACAUUAGUUCCACCCAGCCAGCAGCACCAAUUCACCAACUUAAAAGCUCUUCCACAUUUUUAUUUAAUGUAAAUAAGAGAUUAUUGAUGAGGUGAUUUGUCCUUAUGUGGCUAUAAAAUUUUAUGCCAGAUUUAUAUCAGAUCAUGCAACUCACCAAUUAGUUUAUGAGGAUUAUGAGAUCAUUUUUAAUGUGCCACUGGUUAAUACCUUCAUGACUAAAUAAGCAUUUUAUUUUUCAUGUAUGUACAUUUUUUCCAUUCCUUGACACAUAUUGAAACAAUGAAAACCACAAAUGUAAUUGUGUGGACUACUCUUUCAGUCUCCAUUUGCAGAAAUGAUCAGUUCUAAAAUCCUGUGUAUUUACAGUCACAUUUUGUGGCUUUGCACAGAACUUUUUGAAUUACCCAGACACACCAAAUAUUGGUAAGACUUGCAGUGAGAGCUGUUCUUUACAUUUAUAUACUGUAAAUGGCACCUUUUACACAAAUUGUCCUGUUUUAAGAGGACAGAUGAAUUUGUCUUUUAAAAAGGCAGACUCCCUCCUUUUCUCCUCUUGAUGUGUGGGAUGAGCUCCAGCAGUACUUGAGUUUGAACAAACAGGCCAUUCACAGUGAGCAGCAAAGAGCUGUGUGCUUGUCCACCUGCUGCAUUUUUAGUAGGUGAAGAAACCUUGAGCCACUGCAACUACAGUCUUAAUAGUUUUAGUGCAUCAUCUCUAAACAUUCUCUGCUGCUCCUGUUUUAGGCUCGCUUUCUAUGAACCACCUAUAGAGGGACUUGACAAUUGUAACCACAUCCUGUGUCUAAUAAUCUUUAAAUGAACAAAAUGGCUCACCUCUUUUAUGAUUGCAAAGGCUAUGUGUACCUGCACUGAGUGUUAAAAUAUAAACCGAUGGUGUUUCAAAUGUUGGAAUUAGAGCACUGCUUAUUUAUAAUUGAGUGAGGUUUUUCAGUUUCAUAAUUUGGAGUCAGUUUCAAAUUUUCUUUAGUGGUGAAAGAAAUCGAUUCUUAUUGUUUUAUUGUUCUAACUGCAGUCUCUAGAUAAUUUUCCAAUGAAAUAUCACACUUUACUUUCUAUUCAUUAAGCUUGAAAUACUUAGUUUUUGUUUGUUUGUUUGUUUUUUAUUCGUUUUACGCAUACAGCCAUAGAACAUUCCAAUCAAAAUACUGUGUGUUUACACAAUAUAUUAUACUGGGCAUGGCUACUGUGCAGAAUUACAUUCAUGUACAUGUUCCUUGUGUAAUUUAUGAUGACAUUAAGAUGAGUAACUAAA